AUGGAAGCCACAACAGAUAAGUAUACAAUUUCUCCAUACGCAACAUUCGGAGACAAUGAAAAUAUUAGAUUAUCAUUCCUUUAUUCCAUCCUCAAUGUGAAAGCUUGGUUCAAACCCGAAAUUUUACAUCCAAUAGUUGAAGCAAUUAUCUAUUGGCACAAUAUAAAAGCUACUAGCUUCAUAUUUUGUAUUGGAAUUACUCUUUUGUCAAUAUUUGCUUGCCUGUCUCUUAUCAGCGUUUUGGCGUACGCUGCUCUGCUUUUUCUGGCUUUAAUAUUGGGUAUAAAGAUCUACUCUGCAGGGCUUCAAAUAUUUAAACAGGACCUAGAUGAUCAACCAUUUUGUAAGCUAUUGGACCUGGACUUAUACAUAUCACUUGAUUGGGCCGAGGAAUACAUUCAAGCCACCGUUCCAGUUAUCAAUGAUUAUAUUGCGGAAUUGCACCGUUUAUUUUUCUUCGAUGACUUAAAACAAACAAUAAAAUUCGCUUUAGGAAUGUUUGGAUUGGCUAAACUUGGAAUGAUCUUCAAUUUGACUAGUUUAUUAAGUUUGGUGUUGAUAAUUUUACUCACGUUGCCUAAGUUAUAUGAAGUAUACCAGCAGACCAUAGAUAGCUACAUAGAAUAUUUAUUUACUUCAAUGAGUGAAGUUGUAGCUCGAUUCCAAGGUGCUUUGAAGGUCGUACCAAAAAAAUCGUCCACUUUACUAGUUGCAAAAGACGAUCAUCGUAUGCCUAUGAAAUUCCAGGAAAUAUGCGAUUGGCAAUCUGUUUUAAAUAACAAAAAGAAAUAA